GUGGUCUGGGGGCUCCGACGGCGCAGCGGUCGAGGCGGCGGCGCGGGGGGAGCGGAGCGGAGCCCGGCAAGACCCCGGGAGGCGAUGUUGCCGGGCGCGGGCCCCCGCGAAAGGCGGGCGCCGCGGCAGGCCGGCCGGUGAGGCGCCACCAGAGGAGGCCGCGACGGAGCUCCCGGACCCGCCAUGGGCUGAGACACGUCCUCGCCGAGCAGAACAUGCCCGGGUGACUUCCUCUCAGAUCUCCCUUGUGGCCUUCCUCGCCCCCUCCCCAGUGACACUAUGCAACCCCAGCGUGACCUGCGAGGCCUCUGGCUCCUGCUGCUGUCCUUGUUCCUGCUCCUCUUUGAGGAGGCCAGAGCUGGCCGUCCCUUGGUUAGCUGUCCAGCCGCCUGCCUGUGCGCCAGCAACAUCCUCAGCUGCUCCAAGCAGCAGCUGCCCAACGUGCCCCACUCCUUGCCCAGCUACACGGCGCUCCUGGACCUCAGCCACAACAACCUGAGCCGCCUGCGGGCCGAGUGGACCCCCACGCGCCUGACCCACCUGCACUCCCUGCUGCUGAGCCACAACCAGCUGAACUUCAUCUCCUCUGAGGCCUUUUCCCCAGUACCCAACCUGCGCUACCUGGACCUCUCCUCCAACCAGCUGCGUACCCUGGACGAGUUCCUGUUCAGUGAACUGCAGGCGCUGGAGGUGCUGCUGCUCUACAAUAACCACAUUAUGGCAGUUGACCGCUGCGCCUUCGACGACGUGGUCCAGCUGCAGAAACUCUACUUGAGCCAGAACCAGAUCUCCCGCUUCCCUCUGGAACUGGUCAAGGAAGGAGCCAAGCUACCGAAACUAACGCUCCUGGACCUCUCCUCCAACAAGCUAAAGAACUUACCAUUGCCCGACCUGCAGAAGCUGCCCGCCUGGAUCAAGAAUGGGCUGUACCUGCACAACAACCCGCUGCACUGCGACUGUGAGCUCUACCAGCUCUUUUCCCACUGGCAAUACCGGCAGCUGAGCUCCGUGAUGGACUUUCAGGAGGACCUGUACUGCAUGAGCUCCAAGAAGCUGCACAAUGUCUUCAGUCUGAGUUUCCUCAAUUGCAGCGAGUACAAGGAACGUGCCUGGGAGGCCCACCUGGGUGACACCUUGACCAUCAAGUGUGACACCAAGCAGCAGGGGAUGACCAAGGUGUGGGUGACACCAAGCAAUGAACGGGUGCUAGAUGAGGUGGCCAACAGCACAGUGACGGUGUCCAAGGAUGGCAGUCUUCAUUUCCGGCGGGUGCAGGUCGAGGAUGGGGGUGUGUAUACCUGCUAUGCCGUGGGGGAGGCUUUCAAUGAGACACUGUCUGUGGAGUUGAAAGUAUACAAUUUCACCUUGCACGGACACCAUGACACCCUCAACACAGCCUAUACCACCCUCGUGGGCUGUAUCCUCAGUGUGGUCCUGGUCCUCAUAUACCUGUACCUCACCCCUUGCCGCUGCUGGUGCCGGGGUGUCGAGAAGCCUUCCAGCCAUCAAGGAGACAGCCUCAGCUCUUCCAUGCUUAGUACCACACCCAACCACGAUCCUAUGGCUGGUGGGGACAAGGAUGAUGGUUUUGACCAGCGGGUGGCCUUCCUGGAACCUGCUGGACCCGGGCAGGGUCAGAACGGCAAGCUCAAGCCAGGCAACACCCUGCCGGUGCCUGAGGCGACAGGCAAGGGCCAGCGGAGGAUGUCAGAUCCAGAAUCAGUCAGCUCGGUCUUCUCUGAUACGCCCAUUGUGGUGUGAGCAGGAUGGGUUGGUGGGGAGAUUCUGCCCCAGGAGAGGUAAUGCACCCCUGAAGGAUAUGAGGGGAUGGAAGAGAGGGCUAGCUGCCCAAGGGAGUGGGCUCCCCCCGAACUCAAGGGAAUUGGUCACGGGAAUUGGUCACGGUUACAACAACAGGCAAGACCCCAAGCAGGGUGUGGCUGCCAUGAUUUUCAAAUAUGGAUAUGCUAAUUCUCAGGCAAAUGCUACACCCCUACCCAGAGCCCUGACAGUUCUCAAUGUGGUGGAAGAAGAGGAGUGUA